AUGAGUCUGGAACCAGGAGAAGGCUAUAUAAUAGAUGAUUAAUCCCUUUGGAACUAUGCAUCAUCUCACAAACCAAUAGAUUAAUCAUAACCUAGUAUAAGAAACAUUUUAGGGUUUGUUCUGAAGAUUGAUCAUUGA